AUGAGUUCAAACAGAUUAAAAGAAAUGAGAGAGAAUUUUCAUUAAUCAAUUAGAAAGAAAAACCUUGAAUCUUUAUUUAAAGUGAAACGCUUAGUUAUAACUCCUAUGUAAUCAAAACCAAUUGGAAAAUUAAAAGAAAUAGUCAAUAAAAUGAUGAGAUCUCAAGAAUUAUAGGAUGAUGAAUAUUAAACAAUAAAUGGAAUAUUAGAUGAAAUAGAUCAAAUAGCAAUCAAUGAUACUGCAUUAAGAUUUGAAUGGACAGAAUAUCUAAACAUUAUUAAGUCUUUAGUAGAUUCAAUGCAAUAAGGAUAUUUAAAUUCUUAACAUAUAAAUAUUGCAAUUAAAGCAGCUAAUUGUUUUAGAAAUUUACUAAAAGUAUAAAAACCUACAAUUUAAAUGUAAGAACACAUCAAUCAAGCAUUUGAAAUAUAUAAAUCUUGGAUAGAAUCAAAUUAAUUUGUAUUAUCAUAAACUGUAUUAUCAUUUAAUUAGAAGAUUAGGGAAUGAAAGGAAUGAAUCAAUUAGCAACAUUAUAACAUCCAUAGAUUAAAUAAUAUGAUUAAGUUUAAAGUAUUUUGACAUCACUUUAAAUCGAUCCUUAUAAUGAAUAAGCAUUAAAAUUAUUAGGAAAUAUAACUAAAAAUGUUGACAAUGAUGAUUAAGUAAUAACUAUUUUGAGAUUGGCUUCAAAAUUAAUUGAAACUUCUUAUUCUAAUUGUAUUUAUUAUUUAUAUUAUAUAUAUAUAGUAAGAGAAAAAGGAUUAAAUAUAUUUGAAAAUGCAAGUAGAAAUAUAUAAAAUAUUCAAUUCAUAUUAUCUAUGAAAUCUAUAAAUACAAUUAUAGACUUUGUUUAUUUCAAAGAAAAAAAUAUCUCAAAAAUUUCAAUGACUAUUUUAGUAAAUUUAUCUUAUACAUCUGAUUUGAAUGAAUGCACAAAAUUGUUAGAUUUAGGUAUUACUGAUAUUGUAUAUAAAUUAUUAAAAAAUACUAUUUUUACAUAUAGUAGAAUAUUUGGAAGUAUGAUUUUUAAUAAUUUAAUGGCUUCAUCCCAUUUAAUUUUAGAUAAAAUAAUUUCAAAUUAAAGAUUAUUUGAUUUAGUUUUAGAUUUAUUAGAGAAUGAUGUUGUUGAUGUAAGAAGAGAAUUGUUUCAAGCAUUUCGUAAUUUUCUUGUUGUUUGUACAAAACAAUAAUUAUUAAAUCUUAUAGAUAAUGGAAUAUUAGAUUAUUUAAUUCUAGGACUUGAUGAUUAAGAUUACGAAAUUAUUUAAGCUGCUAUUGAAAGUAAUAUAAAAAUUAUAAUUCUUAGCUCUCUACUUAACUAUGAAACAUUUUGUUUCUUCAGAAUACUAAUAAGAUAUUUAUUAUAAAUUUUCAAUGAAAAAUGUAUCCAAAAAACUAGAUAAAUUAUAAUAUUCACCAAAUGAAUAAAUUUAUUUAAUGGUUUCUUAAUUUAUUUAAGAAUUUUAUGAUUAAGAAUUUGAUGAUUCUGAUUAUUGA